AUGAUCGGUUGCAUCACCAGUGGCUGGAAGUCGAAAUGGCCCCCGCACCUUGUGGACAUCCGCUUGCUGAGAGAGGGGUUCUUCGUUGAGGCCAAGGAUUCCAAUGACAAGCGCUACAUGCUUGGCCUCGACAACACCCCAUUCAUCGACGAUGUGAUGGACUUGACGCUCGCUCCUGAGUACAACAUGCUACUCGAAUUGGCCAGAGACGACGCCAGCCACCCCUGUAGUAAGCGACGGCCUGCGUGUGACCUCGACUACCAACGCCUCCGACGGCUCGAGGCGGGUUCGAUGUGCCAUGAACAGAUUGGACACGUGUGGCGAGCAGAUUGCUUGAUGCGGUCCCUGGCGCAUGGACAACGCGAAAAGCGCAUCCACCUGAACGUGGCAGCCAUGGUCAAUGUCCACUUGGAUCUGAUGCGCAUGCCCGGGUUGCUGAAGAUGGUCGAAGAGGACUACGACCGCUUCGCAAACAGAUACCCCCAAGACUACUACGGCAUCGACCCGGGAGACUCUGAAUUUCAGAUGUGGAACAAACGCAACCUCGUCAAGUUCUUAGCCUGGAUGGACCCGGAUGACAACUUCGAGGGCAAGGAAUACUUCAAGAUCAACCCCGUGUUUGCCGGCCUCACCAUCUUCUUCUGCUGGGAACGAACACUCAACGCAAUGGUACAGACCGUGACAAACGGCUGGGCUCUGAUGCCGAUGGCCCAUGCUUACAACUACGGACGCGUGGUAGGCACCAAGGUAGGGAAGUGGGAUGACAUGGAGACCAUCAUUGCAAUACAGGGACGGGAAAUCUUCACGUCUCAGCGGCCUACCGACGGCCUGCAGUGCGAGACCCGGUACUGGCUGGCGAUGGGCGGAAAGCCGGGCCACAUCACCCAGCUGAGGAAGCAGAAGGCAUUCAUUUAUGAUGAGAUGAAGGCUCUGUCGUUUCCUCGUCCGAUCGCUAGUUGCAAGGAGCUCCGAGAUGGCAAUGCCGUCGAGAACGAUCGUAUGAUACGAUUCCUCGCCCGGAGAAAUAAACUCGGUUACCGGCGAGAGCUCCAUCCGACUCCUAUCCUAUUCGGCGUCUUUGUCAACAACGAUCUCGCCCACAAGCUCUUCACAAUCAACGACGGCAUCCUCCCUCCCAAGAUUGAAAAGCACGUCAAGAGCUGCCUCGAUGAUCUCGGAAAGCCGGCGCAGCAGAAGCUAUCGGUCCCGCAGUUCCUCGACGGCCUGCUGGCAGUCGCCCAGUGCGAGAUUCCGAACAUCUUCUUUAACUACUUUGACUUCAACAGGUCUUGCCUCGACGCCCACGUCGCGCUCCACUGGAAGGUGACGGAUGUCAUUCCUCACAAAUACGACGACCUCGACAAGAGCUUGUUCAUCGAUCUAUUCUACAACGACGCCCUUCGCGAGUCGGUGGUGAAGAUGGCUGCCGAAAGCGGCGACGUACAUCACCCUACGCAUUUCGCCGAGGACUGGAGGAAGUUUUGCAGGCUAGUCCGCCCUUUGCUCCCCUCCGAGAUGAGAAUAUUCCCCCGAACGGAGUACGGCUGGGAGGAGAAGUACAAGGCUGCUAUCAAGGGCCGCAUGAGUGACUGGUUCAAAUGA